CCCGCGGCUCACCCCGGGGUGGGGUCUGAUGGGUGCCUGGGGUGCCUUCACCCAUCCCUCACCACCCUCCAACCCAUCACCCCCCCAAAAACCUUCAGGGCUGAAAGGGGGAGCCCCGACCCCCGGACCGGGUGGCGGCACCGGUCCAACGUUCACCUACACCUUCCGCGGCGACCCGCACGCCAUGUUCGCCGAGUUCUUCGACGGGCGCAACCCCUUCGACACCUUCUUCGCGCAACGCAACGGCGACGACGAGGAUGGAGACGAGGCCUUCAGCACCUUCCACCUGGGCGGCUUCGGCAGCGUCAGCUUCCCGCGGGCCCGGGGCGCCGAGGGUCGCCGGCAGGACCCGCCGGUGCUCUACGAGCUGCGCGUCUCCUUGGAGGAGAUCUACAGCGGUUGCACCAAGAAGAUGAAGAUCUCCCACAAGCGCCUGGGCCCCGACGGGAAGACGGUGAGGAACGAGGACAAGAUCUUGACCAUCGAGGUGAAGCGAGGGUGGAAGGAGGGCACCAAGAUCACCUUCCCCAAAGAGGGCGACCAGACGGCCACCAACAUCCCGGCCGACGUGGUGUUCGUGCUGAAGGACAAGCCGCACGACGUCUUCCGCCGCGACGGCUCCGACAUCGUCUACCCGGCCAAGAUCAGCCUGCGGCAGGCUCUCUGCGGCUGCUCGCUGUCCGUGCCCACGCUGGACGGCCGCUCGGUGCCCGUGCAGUUCCAGGACGUGCUGCGGCCGGGCGCGCGGCGCCGCGUGCCGGGCCAGGGGCUGCCGCUGCCGCGCUCGCCGGAGCGCCGCGGGGACCUGGUGCUGGAGUUCGAGGUGGCCUUCCCCGAGCGGCUGCCGCCGGCCGCGCGGGCGCUGCUGGAGCAGGUCCUGCCCCCCUAAAACCCCAAAAUCUGCCUGUGAGCCCCAAAAUCUGCCUGUGAGCCCCAAAAUCCACUGGUGACCCCCAAAAUCUG